AUGACAUCGCAGCUGCACGACGCCGCCCAGGCGUCAUCGGCCUCGAGCAACGACUCCAAGGCCAAUACGCCUGCUCCCUCCAGCGCCACCUCGACGUCUUCCCAGCACAACAUUGCUUCCCCCGAGGACAACCUGACGUGCCGCUGGAAUGCCUGCAACCAAAAAUUUGGCAGCCCAGAGAUGCUCUAUGAGCACAUCUGUGAGCGUCACGUGGGUCGCAAGAGCACAAACAACUUGAACCUCACUUGCCAGUGGAACGCCUGCCGCACAACCACGGUCAAGCGUGACCACAUCACCUCGCACAUCCGCGUCCAUGUGCCCCUCAAGCCGCACAAGUGCGAGUUUUGCGGAAAGAGCUUCAAGCGGCCCCAGGACCUGAAGAAGCACGUUAAGACCCAUGCAGACGACUCGGUCCUGGUCCGCCCGGGCCAAGACCACCAGGCAGGCCUCAACUACCGAACACAAGCUGUCAAAGGCCCCAGCUACUAUGACCACAACGGCCAGAUGCGAGGUGGCGUAGGCGCCUUCUCCCACCCUCCGGGCCACAACGGAGGCUACUACGCGCCCCAGCCGUCUACCAACUACGCCCUCUAUUUUAACCAGACGCCCCUGGGCCCCCCCCGCAGCGAGCACGUCGGCUAUGGCGCUGCCGCCGGCUACGACCGCAAACGCGCCUAUGACCACCGGGCCUACGACGCCAUUGACGACUUCUUUGGCAACGCCAAGCGUCGCCAAGUCGACCCCACGUCGUACGCCCAGAUUGGCCGCUCCCUGCUUCCGCUCCACAACUCGCUCUCCAUCUCCCACGGUCACAUGGCGGGCGCCGAGCAGUACAUGCCUCAGCCGCAGCCCGGCCCGGCCCCGGCCGCCAUGGUCCACCCGGGCCCGGGCCCGACGACGAACCCGCUGACGCAGCAGUACUACCUGCCUCACACCAUGCACAACGCCCGCACGCAAAAGGACCUCAUCCAGCUCGACAACCUCUUGGGCCAGAUGCAGGACACCAUCUACGACAACGCCAACCACGCCACGGCCGGCGUCCACAUCCACAGCGGCCCCGAGGGCAACCUCGGUGGCUUCCGUCACAGUCCGUCCCCGACGGUCGUCCAGCGCUCGCCCGGCGGAAUGCCGGUGCCGGCCGACGGAUACCACCACUCCGUCUCCGCCGCUAGCAUGGCAUCGCCCUUGACGGCCAUCUCCUCGACAGGAACGCCUGCCGUGACUCCGCCGUCGAGCACCAUGUCGUACACCUCGGGCCACUCUCCCAGCCCGUCGGCGUCGGGCCUGUCGCCGCAGUCGCGCCAUAGCUCGACGGCGUCCGGAGUCAUGUACCCGACACUGCCCACAACGCUGCCCACGGUGGCGCAGGGCUUUGGGCAGUCGACGACGGCGACGCUGGGACCCAGCUUCGAGAGCAACGAGCGUCGGCGCUACUCUGGCGGCAUGCUGCAGAGGGCGCGAGGCAUGCCGCCUCCCCGGCCCGCCGAGGAGAGCGGCCGGGUGACGCCCAAGGCAGGUGACUCGGCGCUCUCGGUCGGGUCUCCGUCGUCGGAGUCGGACAGCGAGUCCAUCAAGGAGCGCGAGGAGCAGUACGACCGCUGGCUCGAGAACAUGCGUGUCAUCGAAUCGUUGCGCGAGUACGUGCGCGGCCGGCUGGAGCGUAAGGAGUUUGUCGACGAGGCAGAAAGGGCCAAGGCAGAACAGGCGGACAAGGACAAGGCGGCGGUGGGGGAGGCGAUGGACGUGGACGUCAAGAGCCCCAAGAGCCCUGUCAAGCAGGUGCUUGGGUCGAGAGAAGGGGCCUUGUCGCUGUAUCCGGUGCUACCCGUGCCGGGCUCAUGA